AUGGGAUUUAAGACAAGUUACAAAGUGGAAGAAAGAGAUAUAAUUUUGUCCAACUUGGAGCAGUUUGGACUUAGUGGAAAGUCAUUUAAGUUGGAUUCUUUUCACUUCCACGCUGGGAAAUUCCAGAACAGUACGGGAUCUGAACAUUCAUUUGACAAUGAAUUCCAACCCAUGGAGCUUCAUUUGGUGUUCUACAACACAGAGUACCCGGAUGUUAAAUCAGCUGUUGAUCGUGCAGACGGGUUGGUAGUCAUUGGAGUCAUGGUAGAGUUGAAUCCUGGCUUUUUACUGAAACCCGUCCCUGGUUGUGAAGAUGAUUAUAAACAGACCUUAAGUCAUCUCAUGAGUGAAACUUUGGACAACAGUGAGGAAUAUCCUGACUCCUCUGAAACCGGUCCCGUGCAAUCCGCCUACAUACGCUUGAAGAAUUUAUUACCAUCUAAUCGAGGAAGCUACUACACCUACCAAGGAUCUUUGACCACGCCCCCUUGCUCCGAGACUGUCACGUGGGUGCUGAUGAAGUGUCCAAUCAUCGUUUCAGAUUCUGCUAAUAUUUACUUAAGAAUGGACCCGGCCGGGCCAAUAAACUUAGAACUGGCAAUGUUUGGAAUAUAUGGGUCAGAAGCAGCAACAUAA